UUGUUACUGUCUGUGGUCUUUCUUAUUUCAGGCGUUUGUAGAUUCUGCAUAUUAUCUCUAAGGAAUGUAGUAUUUUCUUAAUAGAGAGAAAACAGCAGCAACAUCGUAUGUCAAAUAGAGCUAUAAUAGGUUUAUGUUAUAAGAGAAGAACUACAAUUGCGAUACUGAAGUUUUCUGAAGUUACGGUGAUAGUAGCUAACGUUAGCUAUCGUUUUGGCGGUGUGUGGACUGCCAAUGGCGUGUGUAGAGACAUCAGGUAGCUAGGUCUGCCAGUGCAAUGUCUCAUCACUGCAACAACGUUACCAAGUUAUCAGUACAUUGUCAUUGCUAGCUAUCAUGAUUCUGUUCUAUUUUACAUUCAUAAUUCUUUUUUAUGUUGUUUAGAUCUAUAAGCUGAUUUUGGUUAAAUGUUUUAUUCGUUCUACAGAUUACAGAGUAGGAGAGGUCCUGCUGAAUAGGCUACCGGCCGCCCCAGCCCCACUCCCCAGCUAUGUGCUCUAAGAAGGAGUGUUUCUGGACCAGAAUGCUCUCUCAUCCCCAGAGUGAUGCAGGAGCAGCUGGAUGAGGUGUCAUCAGAUGUCCUGGUAGUGGUCUCCACAGAAACCCAGGAGGUGGAGAGUGAUCAGGAGCAGAAGAUUGUGUCACAGCUAGCCAUGAUGAUACGGACCAUCGGAGACGCCGUCAAGAAGGACGGGAAGCUGGACGAUGCGAUAGAUGGAAUGGUGGGGAAAAUGACCAGCAAGACCAGCUACUGGAAGUUGGUAGAAAAGGUAUUUGAGGACAGUCAAAUCACCUGGGAGAGAAUUGCUGUGCUGUUUUACGUAGCAGGGAGGAUAGCUGUCAAGGUGGUGAUUGCUAACAUCCCCCAGUUAGUGAAGGACAUUCUGAAGUGGACUCUGGAGUACUUCAGAAACAAAUUACUGGAUUGGAUCCAGAAACAUGGAGGAUGGAUGAACAGUUUUGCUGAGCUGGCACGUGUGCAGGUGGAGAAGAUGUCCUCUAUGAGCGCCUGGUCCUCAGGGAUCAUCCUGGUCUUCCUCGGAGGUGUCAUACUGGGUAGUGUUAUCACCUGGAAACUGGCCAGGAGGACCUGACACACACACACACACACACACACACAGUUCCACUCCAGUUCAAAUGCAAACGCGUGGGCGUGCACACACACAAAUACAUUUGUUUACCUAGUCCAUGUAUUAUUAGUUACCUACCUUCUGGUUUGCUCAGGAUAAAUAAGAUGACCAGAUGCUGCUGAAAGUGGUGUUGGAGAGCCAGUAGGAGGCAAUCUUUCCUCUGGUAAAAAAAAAAAGAAAAGAAAUCCCAGUACAAAGAUUGGGGGCAUUCCCCCGUGUAGGGUGCUGUCUUUUGGAUUGGACAUUAAAACAUGUCCUGACUCUCUGUGGUCAGUAAAGAUCCCAUGGCACAUAUUGUAUGAGAGGGGUGUUAUCCCUGAUGUCCUGGCUAAAUUCCCAAUCUGGCCCUCAUACCAUCACGGUCACCUAAUCAUCCCCAGUUUACAAUUGGCUCAUUCAUCCCCCCUCCUCUCCCCUGCAACUAUUCCCCAGGUGGUUGCUGUAAGUGAGAAUGUGUUCUCAGUCAAACUUACCUGGUAAAAUAAGUCUUAAAUAAAAUUAAACUCCUUUUUAUCAGUGCCUUCAAAAAGUAUUUACACCCCUUGACUUUUUCCACAUUCUGUAGUGUUACAGUGGGAUUAAAAGGGAUUUAAUGCAUUUUUUGGUCAAUGAUCUACACAAAAUACUCUAUACAUCUCUGCACUUAGCAAAAGAGUGUCAUCUGCACUGCUAUUUUAGUCAUCAGUUAAUCUGACUUUUCUCUCAUCAUUGAUUUAGUUGAAUUAUUUCAGUAAUUUUAGGGUUUUCUGUGUAGUUGUCUAAUGUUGGUGUGGCAAAUUAUUUUAAACACCAUUAUUGCACACACAAUGAGUCCAUGCAACUUAUUAUGGGACUUGUUAAGCACAUUUUUACUCCUGAACUUAUUUAGGCUUUCCACAACAAAGGGGUUGAAUACUUAUUGACUCGAGACAUUUCAGCGUUUCAUUUUUGAUUAAUUAGUGAAAGAAAAUCUAAAAACAUAAUUCCACUUUGAAAUUAUGGGGUAUUGUGUGUGGAUCAAUGACACAGAAUCUCAAUGUAAUCCAUUUUAAAUUCAGGCUGUAUCACAAAGGAGUGUGAAUACGUUCUGAAGGCACUGUAUAUAUUGACCUACAGUAAUGAAACCAAAGUGUUGGGGCAGAGCUCAGUACAUUUUGUCUCACUACCCUUACGGGAAAAAAUACAUGAAUUUCACGUGUUUAACAUGUGAUCUUAUGGGAAGUUAAUGUGAUAACAUGUUAAAGCAACACGUGAUAAUAUGAAAUUGCAAAAUAUCAACAUGUGAUACUAAGGAACUACACCUCACAACAUUUGAAAGUCUUUCAUGUGUGAAACUGCAAUUCACGUGAGGUGAAAACAUGAUAUUCUCACAUAUGAAAGGGUGGUGUGAAUUCUAUGUUGAAUACAUGUGAACAACUGGUUUCACAUGUGAACAACUGAGCUCACAUGUGUCUCUUUUGUUUUCAAAUGUGAACAUUUCUGCUCAACAUGUGAACAGUUAUUUCACGUGUAAAUAUGAUUUCAAAUGUGAUUUUCACAUGUGAAACUGCAACAACAAAAAUGUAUAUGAUAUGAAGUGUUCCAAAACCACAUGGUUUCAAAUGAUUUCACAUGUGAAAUAAAAUGUUAUAUGUGGAAAUUUCACAUGUGAAAUCAUGUGGUUUUUCCCAUAAGGGUAUAUCAUCAUGUUUGUUGGUAUCCUGCUAGACUAGGGUAUCUGUGCCUGAAAUGAGAAACCAGUGUAAGCAUAACAGACAGCCAAGCAUCAUGUUAUGUGAUUGGUUUUAACAGAGAGGUCAUUAUUUUUCAAUACAAUAAUAUACAGAAAUAACACAUGAAUACCGAUUGAAUCUUUAGGUUUAUGAAAAUGUAUGAAACGUGUAUUUUGAUUACAAAAUAACGUCUGGAACGUUUGACUUGAAUGUAUAAUGUAUUAAAUGUGACAUUUUAUUAGGAUAAACAAAAUAAAUAUGAGUUGACGAUGAUGUUUGUUCUGCAAUAAUCAUGUUUUAACUAUGACCCCUUAAAGUACUCAACAUGAGUCAGUCAGCUCCAUAAUAUCAGUCGUGAUGCUAAAUGUACAAAAAAAAUGCACAGGACACAAAUAGAAAAUUUUGGCAUAAGCUUUUAAUAUUUUUAUAGAGUUUUUGACGUUUUCUCUUUAAAUUGGAUUUGUUUGUUUUUCCAGUUAAUUUUGUGGGUAUUUCGUUUUAUUAUUCUUGUUUUAUUUUCCUAUCUGUAAAGGAGAAGAGUUUUUCAGUUUAAUUAGCAUUCACUUUCAAACUUUCAUACUUUUAAUAAUAGAACUGUUUUAAGUCUCUUUUUUUUCACAAACUUGGUUAAAUUAUUACUGUUUAUUCAUAUUUUUUCUUUACACAUUUCAAAAAUAUAAAAGGUAAAUAAUAAACAUUCCAUUGAAAUAUA